AUGGCCAGCUGGAAUGGAACCUGCGCGAAUACUACCGCCCUUACGAUCGCUCAACCUCCAUUUCUGAUCGAUACCUACCAUGGUCGCGCAUGCGUUGUGUCUUCGAACCUGACAACAUCACCAACAACGCCGAUUUCCAUUUUGUCUGCCGACUCUUCUUCUGGAGGAUCCUCCAUUUUCCAGACGUGCUGCGGCAUCGAUUCAGCGGUUUCUUCAUUUGUGGAAAAGACUCGAGAUGGUCAAAAUUGUGGAUUUACCUAUUGCAACGUUCCCGACGAGGCUGCCGCGAAAGGCUUCAUGGCUUGUCUCAAUGCCACCGCGACUGGAGUGCGAGCGGAGUGCUUCUUGAGUACUGCAAUGGCACCGGAUGAACCUUCGACAGCUCACCAUAGCGGUUCCAGUGGGAGGAGGAUCGAUAGAUUAUUGAUGGUUUCAAUGGGAGUGCUCGCCAUAUUGGCACUUGGAAUUGGCGGGUCGGCAUUGGAAUAA